UUCGUCUGAUAAUCUACUGGACAACUGGACUGGUAUACUACUCUUGCCAUCGUGGAGCUUUUCGUCAUUGAUUUAGAAUAGUGUUGUUUCGUGCCAUUGUGGUGCUGCUUUGGAUAAUUCAGUAACUUUUUCCCGAAACUACAGUGAAAAUGGCUGAUGGCGACAAAGAUCUGGUUGCUGGACGUCCUCCAGCAGUGAAAGCUGGUGGUAUGCGAAUUGUACAACACAAGACUCCUAGCACGGAACGGCCAGCCAAGGACCCAGUGGAGGUUAUCGGUUUAUCGAAUCCUGCUCCUAAUGUAAACACGGGAGAAGUGGUGCACAGUUCUUCGCCCAACAAACAUGGUGAACACCUAGUGGAAGCUAGUCAGGUGGCUCAUGCUCAGAAACCAGCGGUGCAGGUUCCUCAACGACCAGUGAACAACAUCCAACAACCACGGAAGUGUUAGGUGCAUAACCGAGAGAAAGUGCAAUCCGUACCUUAAUCAAUUCAGAAGAAUUUCGUUUUGAAUACAGUAGGGAUUCGUAUAAUACGAAUUCAAUCCACAGAUUUGUAGACUAAAUUUGCGACCUAAUUUAUUAUGAAUGGUAGAGAGUUAUAUUAAAAUUAUUUCCAAAUUCGGACUUGUUCCAUGUAAACUCAAUCCCUACAUACUGCGUGCUACUCAUAGAUUUCAAAUACAUUCACAUACUAUGGUUUCAGUUAACAGUGUUAUACGAAUCCCUACCGUAUAUGGUAAAAAUUUGCAUUUUAUUGAAAGCAGCAACAUCGUUUUUGCUUGAAAAAUAGAUCAUAUAUGCUAACAUUGUGCUUAUGUUUAUUCGAUCACUUUAAAAAUUUUGAUCAAUUGGUUUCGGGAUUAAUAUUAGGUAUAUUUUAAAGUACAUUCUAACAAAUAUCAGAAUAAAAUUGCGCUAAAAUAAUAUAUUUUUUGGAAUUGGUUUCCAAAAUUGUCAUUUUGUCAAGUAUAUGUCAAUUUAUGUCACAGAAAUAUAAGAUUUUAAUAAAGGUUGUCGUGCUUACA